AUGGAGAGCCGAGCGGCUGUGAGCCACACACCGGAGCCCCUGAGCGCGCACGGUGCGCGGCCGCCGCCGGGAUGAGUCCGCCGUCCCGCCUGUGAGCUCCCCUCUGCGCACUCGGUCCUCCGCCCGGGGGUGAUGGAGGCGGAGAGCCGCCUCCUCCUGCUCCUCCUGCUCGGGCUGACGGGCCUCCGCUGCUCCGCCAUCGAGACGGUGAACGUGGUGGACUUCUGCGGCCAGACCAUCCGCGGCGACGGCAUGAUAGUCAACUCGCACCAGGAAUCAAAGAGGUACUACUUUGUGACCAUGGCGACGGACUGCCACCUCACCAUGCAGGCCAGCUCCCCCAAGGACAAGGUCCAGUUCCACUUCCGCUUCUUCCUAGUCUACAGUCUGCUCCGAGUGGCCCCUCUGAGCCCGGCCCCUCUCCUGCCAGAGUCCCCUCGUGGCGCCGCACCUUUCAACCCCAGACUGGAGCCCACCUCUGGGGAAAGCUCGGAGGACCCCUGCCACGCCGGCUCAUAUGUCCAGUUCUAUGAUGGAUGGGACAGGAACUCGCCUCCCCUCGGGCCUCCGCUCUGUGGGAAGAGCCCGCCCCGGCCCGUGUUAUCCACGGGGAUCUACCUGACCCUGAGGCUGGUGACCCGAGGAACUCAGCCCAGAGUGGACUUUGUGGGGGACUUCACGUCCUUCAGACUGGGUUUCAACCAAUCAGAGUGCAGCAACGAACCUUAUUUCACCUGCAGAAAUGGAAAGUGCAUCCCUCUCAGUCUGGUGUGCGACGAUAAAGGCAUCGACAACUGUGGGGAUGGAAGCGACCUGGAGGAAAAUCUGACAACUGGUUGUAAAGCGGGUCAGCUUUUACCUCCUGAGCCUCCCCCGCCAAUACCAACCCCAUCCCCACCCGUUGUGAAUGCACCCACAGUGCCGGUUCCAACUCCUCACAGCUGUGGUGUGCCGGCCAGCGCUCCCAGCCAUGAGUCUGUAACCGAAUCGCCGGCCUCCCUGUCCCUGCUGGCGCUCUACACCAUCCUGGGCGUGGUGGCCGGCGCCGUGGCGCUCUGCUGGUGCUGCUGGUCCCCCGGCUGGUUCCUUUGGCGCGUCAGCGUCUGCCGCUUCUUGCCCUGCUGCAACUCGGCCUGCGCCUCCUGCCAGCUCUGCGCCCGCAGCUGCGCCCAUAGCAAGGAGCACCGGCUGGCAAAGGUCACCCCUCACGCACCACCCGACGGGGACCCGGCAGGCGCCAACCGCGCCGAAGACCGCGUCACCACGGCAGCUGUUUAGAGCGGGAUGGCGGUCUGAGACUUGGGGACGGAGGACAGUUAGCACGUUAUGUGACCGAGUAUCUCCUCUGUAGCAGCACGGAAACAGUUUGUGGUUCGUGUGCGUUUUAGAUGUGAUGAUGAUGCAGGUGGGGCUGUGUUCUCAUGAGAAGGUGAAGCAGGGUACAACAUGAAUAUGGAUUGUGUAAACAAGUAUCUGAAAAGGACUCCACUCCAAAAAAAUUGUUGUUUACAUCACAUUCUGUCCGCUUUUCAGAAGAAACAAUACUUCAGAUUCAAUUAGUUGUAGUUUGUCUGCUCCACCUUAAAGGAGAGACUUGGUGCCGCAGUGAAACCACACUUCUGUCUACAGCUUUGACCCAGAGCGAGCCACGGACACAUGCCGAGGGAACGUUAAAGUCACCCAGCGGGGGGCGACAGCUGUUCGCCCCCGGAGAAAUUCCUCCCGGCAGUCCGCUGUUGUUCCACGUCUUUGGUCCCCCCCCCCCCGUGUGAAGCCCUCAACGCUUUGUAGGGAGGAACUUAAAAUAUGAACGUCUAACAUGCUGUUAAAAAAUGUAUAGCAAACUACGAAAAAUCUUCAUCUUUAUUUGAGAACUUAAAAUCAACUUUUAGAUUAGUUAUUGUGGUGGCCGCAUUUGAGGCUCGCAGAGGAAAGUGACCCCAAUUAUUUUUGAAAACAAGGUGUUCAAAUAAAUUACAUUCGAAGUUGAAAUGAUGAA